ACCCCCACUGCGCGCAGGAGCCGCCAUGGAGGACGAGACAAUGGAGGCGUCGGUCGUGGUGGCGGCGGCGGACGGCGGCGAGACCCUGCGCGGCCGCCUGCUCGCCCUCACGGACGGCCUGCCUCCCCGGGCCCAGCCCGGCGAGCUCGCCUCGGCGUCCGGCAACUACUGCCAGCGAUUCUGCGAGGUGCUGCUGGAGCAAGCGGGACGAUGGAAGGUCACGGAGAACGCCCUGGAGCUGAUGGACGUGUACGAGUCGGCCAUCGCGAGCCUGGCAACUGCGCGGCCCCUCCUCUCCUCCGCGUGCGAGAACGUGGACCUGCUGCUGGGACGGCUCGCGCUGAGCUGCUUUGAGCUGCUGCUGCACCUACCGGAGUCGGGGGUUCCGGGGGACACGUGGGGGGCCUUCUCUACGUCCGUGAAGGAGAGCCACGAGAGGCUGGUGGCUUGCGGGAACAUGGAGCUGCACGCGUUGUGCACAGUGGUUGAGGCCGGCGGUGCGUGGGACACCCCUGAGAUGAAGGCCAUCCUGGAGGAGAAACCCCUGGAUGCCGAUCGAGUGGACGCGUACCUGGAGGUGGAGGGUGCGCCGCUGCUGGAGCUGCGGCUGAAACGCCUGGUGGCUCUGGGCUGGCUGCCGUGUGCGCUGGCGCUGGCCCGGUGCUGCACGCGCCAAGCGGCCCUCUGCACGGCCACGCCGUUCUUCCGCCAGAUGCACCUGUCCCUGCUGUGCGAGUCCACCUCCUCCAACCAGGAGCUCAUGCAAGAGGUGGAGGCCCUGGAUAGCAGCGAGGCCGUGGAGAUGAUUUGCAACCUGGAGGCAGCGGGGCACGUGCGCACCGCCCUCGUGCUGUGCACGGCCGUGCUCACGCGCCAGCUGCACCGCGGUGACCUCAAGUGUUCCUGGGAGCUGACCCUCUUCUGGAGCAAGCUGCAGCGGCAGGCAGAGACCUUCGACCCCAACAUGUUCCUGGAGUCAUGUCGCCAGCUCGCUGCUCUCUCCAAGAACGUCUACCAUCUUUUCUUCCUCAUCAAAGUCAUCCAGUCGGAGACGCAGGCGGUGGGCUCGUCGAUGUGCGUGGAGCUGUGCGUCCGCGGCCUUCGCAUGGAAACCAAGGAGGAGGGCCACGGCAUCACGGCGUCGCUCUGCAAGACGGUCGGCUGCCUGCUGCCCGACGACCUGGAGGUGCGGCGUGCCUGCCAGCUCACCGAGUUCCUCCUGGAGCCCUCAGUCGACGCCUUCUACGCCGUGGAGGCACUCUACACGCAGCCCGACCAGCGCUACACCGAGGAGACGGGCCUCAUCGCCAACUCGCUGCGCUGCGAGCUGCUGCUCCUGCUCAAGAUGCACUGGCCCUUCGACCCCGAGUUCUGGGACUGGAAGAAGUUGAAAAGCCGCUGCCUGAUCCUGCUGGGCGACACGGCGCUGGAGAUUUGCUCGGCCGAGGAGCUCCGAGAAGCCAUCGAGGUGCCCGUCAAGGUGGAGAAGGUGGAGGCGGCGGAGGCGAGCGAGGAGAAGCCCCUCAUCUCCGCGGAGGAUGACCGCAUCUCGUGGCGGGAGGUGCUGUCCAACACGAGCCAGCACACGCGCUCCAACGGCCUCAACGGCGGCCGCCGGCAGAUGAGGUCCCUCGGCGGGCAGCGCAUCGCCACGCCCAUCUUCCACAAGUGCAGGCUGUGCCGGCGCGAGGUGCUGGGCCACCGCAUCGUGCGGCAUUCGCAGAAGCACAUCGUGAAGGGCGUGCUGCUUUGCCCUCUGUGCCCCAAGGAGUUCCGCGAGCUGCAGGACGGCCUGUGGCACGUGCAGAUGCAUGUGAAGCGCGUGCGCCACAUGAUGCAGCUGCAGAAGAAGAAGCUGUUCAGCUCGGAAAGGCUGUCGGGGGACGACGACGACGACGACGGAGGGGACAGCAGCGACAACAGCAGCAGCUCAUACGGGCGUCCCAUCAACCACCGCCGGGUGAGGAAGAGCACCGGUUACGGCAAGGAUUUUAUCACUUUUAGUGACCCCGAGGGUUCGGACGAUGAGACUAAAGAUCUUUCCUAUCUCCCCGAUAAGGCUAACGGAGCCGCGGAGCCGGCGAGGACCGAAGAGACCUUCGUGUGCCCGGCGAACGGCUGCCAGAAGCUGUUCAAGUACUUCAAGAACAUGUUGGCCCACGCCAAGAUGUUCCACAGCGAGGACGAGGAGCUCAUCGACGCGCUCGUGCAGCAGCAGGAGGCGCGCCGGCGUAGCUGCCGCUUCUGCAAGAGGAAGUUCGAGACGACCGACCACCAGAAAGACCACAUGAAGAUCCACCGGGGGCCGUGCCCGUACGUGUGCAUCCAGGCGGACUGCGGCAAGCGUUUCCGCACCGCCGAGGAAGUCAGCGAGCACUCGCUGCGGCACAAGCACUUCAGGGCCGUAUGCAGCUACGGCGACUGCCCCGAGCGCUUCAGCCAGAGGCACCUGCUGUACAAGCACGAGGCGAAGCACUACCAGUUCGGCGUGUUCUCCUGCUCCGUCAACGUGUGCGACAUGUUCGGCGUGGGCCCGCGCAAGCCCAUCUCCAAGCUGCGCGUGAAGCAGGGCGACAGAUCGAACGGCGGCGGCGGCGGCGGGGGCGGCGGCGACAAGGCGCAGAGCCGCAGGGGACGGCCGCGCAAGGCGCACUCGGAUCUCGUGAUGAUGUUGCCCGAGAACCUGGAGGACGGCGACGUGAUGGUCGACCCCAAAAUGCGCAACGCACUCGACACCAUCGGCACGGCGCAGGGCUUCGUCAAGGUGAAGAAGAAGGCGCUGAAGCAGUUCCUUUGCGGCAUCAACGGCUGCACGCGCGCCUACACGUGGCUGAGGAGCCUGAAGCAGCACAUCGUGAUGUCGCACGAGGAGCACAAGCAGGUCGUCACCAAGGAGCGCCACCUGCUGCCGGACACGCUGCGCGGCGAGGACGGCACGGCCGGAAUGUUUGGCGGCGGAGCGGCGAGCGGCGCCCUGCAUGCCCUGCAGAAGGCUCAGCGCGAGAGGGUUCGGUCGCGUCCGCUGCAGCGCCAGAUGAGGAUCCGGACCGGGUGCACGCACAACCGCUACGCCAAGUGGCCGGCGAUCUACAAGAACGGCAAGUUCAUGUGCAGCCGGUGCUUCUCGGUUUUCGACAACCCCAAGUCGCUGGGCGGGCACCUGGCCCACAAGAAAAACUGCAACCCUCCCUUUGGGAAGUCUGGGGACAGCGACGAGAACGAAUCGAACGAAGCCAUGGCGGAAGAGCGGGAGGAAUCGGCGUUCAAAUCGGAGGAUAACGAGAUGGUGAUGAUGGACACAUUUAAUGACGACGACGACGAUGGAGUUGACGGGAGCGAUGGCGCUGUUAAGGAGGAUCUGGAUGACGUGCCUGGUGAAUGCAAGAGGCCACUGCCGUCCGCCAGCGCGGGCUUCCCGGAUUCCCGCGGUGACGCCCAGAACGUGAUGGCACAGGGGAGGACCCAGGCUGCGGGUCAAGAAGCCGCUGCCAUAUCGCGCAUGAAUAUCAAGCAAGGCACGCCCCGGCAGGCCAACUUGCUGUGCUCCGACGCGGCUGAAGGUGGUGAGUUCCAGGCCUUGUCUGGCCAUGCCCAGCAGCUCACCUUCGUGAAGACGGAAGACUUCAGCCCGGCCGCCGACGCCGACUUGUCCGGCACUUCGCAAGCGCUGGACGGGUCCCUGGAGAGUAGUUCCAGCGACCAGCCCCUCGUGCCCUACAGGCCGCCGCCGCUGGAGAGGACGGACUGGAGCUCAAACUCGUCGGAUUCCUUCAUCCAGCCGUGCGAGAAUCCCAUGCACAGCAGCAGCCCCUCGGCGGAGGUGACCGACCACUUCAGGCAGGCGUACGCCGUCAACUCUCAGGUCGACCCGUCCAUCAACGUGGAUCCGUACAACCAGCCGUACGAUGGGCCGGUGCCGGGCCUCCUGAGCUCCUCGGACCCUCCGCUGCCAUCAUUCGACGGCUGCGCACCGACGCCGGCGCCGUACCCCUACAGGGCGCCGUUCACGGGCGCCGACGGUGGCGUGCCGGAGCGGCCACUGUCGUCGUCCUACAAGCCGCCGUUCUCGAGCCCCGAGAUCAACCUCGCCGAUUCCGCUUACCUCUUCAAGCCUCCGCCGCCGGACCUGAACGCCGAGGGCAUGAUGGGGCAGUACGGCGACGCGGACGGUGGCGCCCCACCCGGCUUCCGGGCACACGUGGAGUUGGUUGGCGCCGAGGCGGUGGAGCCUGGCGCGUUUUCAACCGACCUGCAGCCGUCCGGGGUCUACCCCACCAUCCAGGGUGGACUCUUCGGAGAGAUGAGCGUGAGCGAGAUUUUGGAGACGGUGCGGCAGAUGGACUUUGACAACCCGGACGGAAGGGCCGAGGCGAACGGCGCGGCGAACGCCAGCGUGUGGUCGGGCACCAAUUACGAUCAGCACUACUGGAGUCCCGGCGCGGGCGACGCCGGCAUGGGACAGCCGAGGUUCGGCUUCGACGACGAGUUCUUCCCAGAGUUUUCCGACAGCGUCGACGCGCAGGUCGUGAAGCAGCCGAGGAAGAGGAAGCGAUCGUCCGACGAAUCGGAUCGCCCAUCCAAGAUGAAGAUCAGGCCCUACGUUUGCCACAUCUCACUUUGCAAGUACGGGGCGCUGACGCGGUGCGCACUGGUAAACCACUACACGAAAGUCCACAGCUACAGCAAGAACGACGUCGCCCAACUGAGCCACUGCCAGUCCACCUUCACGCCAUUCCGCUGCGUGAUGCCCGACUGCAAGAAGUCGUUCACCCGAAAUUCCAACCUCCGGUCGCACUACCGUGGGUGCCACAAAAUCGACGAAGUCCAGCUGGAGAAGCUGUGCCGUGAGUCCCUCAACGCCCUGGCGCCGCCGACACUGCUGCCUGACUCGGCGGCGGUCGGAUGCAGCUCGGAGGAGAUGGCCGACGAGAAGCCUCCGCCGCAGCUGAAGAUAUUGGUGCCGCCGCCGACCACCCUGGCCACGGGGCUGCCGCAGGAGGACGGCGCCGGGCCCACCUGCUCGACUCCCGUGCACCACAUCGUCAAAGUGGAGCCCAACGAGGAGCACGGGGUGGACCCUGGCGGCCUGGCACCGCCGCACAUGACCGCUCCGGACAUGGCUCCACCGCUGUCGCCGUCGAUGAGUGGCGAUCGGGACCCGGCUCGCAAAAGUGGUUUCAUGGCAGAGGACGAGCGCCUGAAGGAGGCCAUCAAGUUGGAGAGGAAAUGGAGCUCGUCGCUGAGCGAGCUCUUGCAGUCGAAAGAGUCUCCGGUUGUCCAGGAGCAGACCGCCGCCGGCAGCAGCGGCGGCGGUGAAUCCAGCAAAGGAUUAAGCGACAAGGCUCUCCAGAACUUCAUCAAGGCGAGGAUCAACGCGAAGGUGAAGCAGAAGAUCAAAAACAAGAUCAAGCAAAAGGGCAUCCGAUGCACGCUCAAGUGGUGCAAGGCUUUGUUUGGCACGGAGGAAGAGCUGCAGCAGCACCUGGCGAAGCACAAGGACGAGCCGCCCGUCGUGAAGAUAAUGCGACUCUACAAGUGCAACCUCAUCGAGUGUGGCAAGUCCUUCACGCAGCUGUACAAGCUGAUACGCCAUUACUCCUACAACCACCACAUGACCCUGGAGGAGGUGCGGAGCACCAUUCCAACGGAGUACAUCAGCGAGUUCCGUUGCGACCAGCCCAACUGCCUGGGCUCCUUCACUCGCUUUUCGAACCUCCAGCGGCACCAGCAGAGUCAGCACGGCAUCAACUUCGAGGCGCCCAAGAAGAAGCCGUUCGCGUGCAACUUCUCGGGGUGUAAUGCCUCAUUCGGCGUGGCUCUCAACCUCCAGGCUCACAUCAAGCAGAAGCACCUCGGCGGAAAGGAUGGCGGCCCGCGCCUCUCCGACUCUGACGGCGGCGUCCAGAUCUCGGAGUGCGAGCAGAGCGGCACCACGGACGAGAGUGAAGAGCUCAGCAGCUCUGGGGACCAGUGCUCGCUCGAGAACGCAUUCAAGGCGAGCAAAGAGGAGACGCCCGACGUCCCGCCGGCCUCGGAUGUGGAACAUCGUGAGCAUCAAAAGCAGCAGCAGCAUCCACAGCAACAGCAGCAUCCACAGCAACAGCAGCAUCCGCAGCAUCCGCAGCAGCAGCAGCAGCCGCAGCAGCAGCAUCCGCAGCAGCAGCAGCAGCAUCCGCAGCAGCAGCAGCAUCACCCGCAGCAUCAGCAUCCGCAGAAGCAGCAGCCGCAGCAACAGCAGCAGCAGAAUCAACAGCAUCAACAGCAGCUGCAGCAGCCAGAGAAGUGUGUUGUGACAGAGGCUCCACCUGACGUCCCAUCUGCGACUACAAAGAGCGGCGGUGACGAUGCUGCACCACAAGGCCCCCCGCCAACCGCCAUCUGCCCCAGCUUACUGAAAACGGAGCUAGAAAUGCUAAAGAUUUGCAAAAAGGACAUAUGCAAAGAUCAGUAUCCUUGCAUGCUCAAGGAGUGUGCAGGAGUUGUGCGCAGCCAGUAUAGCCUCAUGAGACACUACAGAGUGGUUCACAAGAUGCCCACGACGCAAUUAAAUUUCAACUACAAAAAGUUGGUCAUCUGUCGGGGCUAUGAGUACAUUUGGCGAAAGUGGAAUGAAGGUUUCCUCGACAAGAUGCAGGAAGGGAACACCGAGCCGAAGCCUCUGGAAAAGCCGAAGCAAGAAGGAGUGUGGAAAGAGAUGCAGAGUCAGCGAGUGAUUAAAGUUGAGCAUGACCCUGACAUUUUACACAAUGGUGUGCGCAUGCUGCUCGAGGGUGAUCUGGAGCCGUCGGGAAUAAUCAAUCGGUGCGGAGAGCUGAUCCCGAUACCGCAAGAUUCCAGCUCGAGUUUCUCAACCACCACGACUUUCGACGUCGUGAACGGCAGUGGCACGGAGACGAUGAACUUUUUGUCGAACGUUUCUGGAUUUUCGAAGAGCGCUCCCGGCUCCCAGAAUCAACUGCGAGCCCAGACGGCGACGAAACGCGUUCCCGCAAAGCGGCUGGACAAGAAGUGCAUCUUGAAAGGCAUCUCAGUGUCCGACCCGAAGCGCAGGCGAGGCCGCCCGAGGAAGCUGCCCGAUCAAACGGACGCCGCCGCGGUUGCCGGCACGACGGAGGCGACUUCGGAGCCGCCACAAGUGUGCGAGGGCGCCGCGCAGGUCACCUCGGAAGUGCAGGGGGAAGGGGAGUCCUCAAAAGGUGAGCAGCAGGCCGAGACGACCCCACCGCCCGCUGCCCUGCCACCACCACCCCCCGCGCCUGAGAAACGCCCGGCCGCCGUGGAGCGCGAGCGACCGCUGCAGCAGCUGCUGGAGAACGUCAAACCCGUGGGAUUCGAGUCGUCAUUCAUCAAGUUUUUGCAAAACUCGCAGAUCCACAGGCAGGGCGGCAGCGGCGGUGGGGGCGGCCGCGGCAGUCGCGGCGGCCACAAGGGGAUGAUCUGGGUGAAGCAAGCGGACGGCAGGCAGAAGCCUCUGCAGGCCACGCGCAGGGCUCACGGCGUUGCGCCCAUGCGGGGAAUGGGCGCGGGACCCCUGCACCUGCGACGGUCGGGGCCGGACGCGCACAGGCACCCGGUGCUGCACCCGCUGGAGAACAGGAGGUCGAGCUUCGAGGAGGUGAUAGUCAUCCCGGGAAAGGUCUCCGGGCACGUGAAGGGGCUGCGUCUCGUGCUGGACAAGCGGCUGCUUCAGCACACGCAGCUCAAGGUGAAGCAGCUGCUGUCCCUGAAGCCCGUGGUGAUCCUGGAGAGGCUGCAGAGGAACUCUGAUCCGCGGGACUCUCUUCUGCCAGUGGCUGUGGAUCUGCAAGCGUAGCGUUGUGCGUUCACAAUGAUCGUCAGCAGUAUUAAUGUGUCUAGUGACGAGGGCUGUGAGCAUGUAUUAAAAAAAAUGAAUGAAAAAAAUGUAACGUUCGUAAAUCGACCUUUUUAAUUUUAUCUAUUGUGUUUGGGUUAAUUAUUUUCUGGAAAACACGUUUAGUUGUAAGGUGGUAUGUACAUAGUGGUUUUCAUUUUCAACCUUGUAAAAAAACCUCCCAUUACACCAGUGAAACCGCCUGUUAAUAUAGACUUAUCAUAGCAGGUUUGCCUUUUAUUUACAAACUAUCAUGUUCUCUGCAAAGGAUACAAUUGUUUCCCCCACAAUGCCAAUAUAACAUUUCUGUGUUGUGACCUGAUGGUGCUCUUUUAAUUGAUAUUGCCACGUUUACCGUGUAAACUCCACUGGCAAUGAAACAUUGAGUUUAUACUAUCAGUCCAGUUUGGUUUUUCCAUUUAGUCUUUUUUGGUUUGAGUUUUGACUUUGGUGUAUAGAACGUCGCUUUACACGGGGCUUGCUACGAAACGACUUUAUAAUAAACUGAAAAAUUAAUGAAAACCUUGCAGAGAUACUUGUAUGAUUUCGUGACCACGAUGUAUUGCUUUUGACUUAUUUGUAACUUAGUAAAUGCAUUGCUUUCA